CUUUGAACACAUGGUUCCUCCUUCACUUCUCUCAGAGAGGAGAGGAGCAGCUAUGAGUCUAACUGCAGCAGCGAGUGGAUUAGUCGUCUUCCUGCUCUCUGUGUCAGCGGUUCAGGGUCAGCGUGGCUGGGGAGUGAAUUACACUUCUACUAAGAUCUGUGCAGUGAAAGGAUCAACAGUGGAGAUAAGAUGCAGCUACACAUACCCAUCUACAUGGAAAGGUCGUGUUAACACAGUACAGAAAACAUUCUGGUUCACUAAAAAGAAAGAUGGUGAAUUUGUAGAUCUGACCACAGUCUCAAAGUAUGCAGGUCGUGUAGAGGAUCUCUGUGAAAACAACAUCUGCACUCUGAGAAUCAGAAACCUGACAGAGAGCGACUCAGUUGAGUACCAUUUAAGGAUCAUAACAAACCAAGAUGCACACUGGGGUUUUCCUGGAACCACUCUGUCUGUUACAGAUCUCCAGGUGGAGAACAGAUCAGGAUUGUCUACUCUCCUUCAGUGUCUCAGCAGAUGUUCACCUGGUCAAACUUCCUACAUCUGGUUUAAGAACGGACAGGAAGUGAAGGAAGACACAUCUUCUUAUGCAGACUUCAGAUAUGAUUCAGCAGACAGUUAUUCCUGUGCUUUGAAGGGAUAUGAGGACUUCCCCUCUCCUUCAGUGUGUGUCAGAGGUCAAACCUGCAACAGAGUGAUUUACACUGAGAGAAGCAUCUGCGCCUUAAAAGGAUCAUCAGUGGACAUUUCCUGCACGUACAGCAGCUUUGAAGAUGAUGUUAAAUCUAAAUUCUGGUUCAGACCUGAGCGUAGUCAUCAGAGACAGAAUCCCUCUCAACCUGAGGACCUUAGUGAAGACUCCCAGUAUGCAGGUCGUGUUCAGAUCCUUGAAACAGAGAGAGGACGCUUCACUCUGAGGACCUCUGACCUGAGAGACUCAGAUUCAGCUCAGUAUCUCUUCAAAUUCAAAACACCAAGCUUUGAAUGGGGGAGUGAUUUACCUGGAACAACUCUGACUGUCACAGCUCUCCAGGUGCAGGUGAUCAGAGCAAAGGUCUACAACUAUUCUACCGAGGCAGAGCUGAAGUGUCACAGCAGCUGCAGUCCAGCUGGUUCUCUGAACUACGUCUGGUUCAAGAACGGAGAGAAAAUCACAUCCACGAAUACAUCUUCUUAUGAAGGCUGGUUUCAGCCCAGAGACAACAUCUCUUGUGCUCUGAAAGGACAUGAAGACUUCCCCUCUCCUGCAGUGUAUGCUCCAAAGCUCCCCUCUGUGUCAGUGAGUCCCUCUGCUGAGAUAGAGGAGGGCAGUUCAGUGACUCUGACCUGUAGCAGUGAUGCUAACCCAGCAGCUAGCUACACCUGGUACAAGGAGGAUGAAGACUCUCCAAAAGCUUCAGGACAGAUCUUCACCAUCACUGACUUCAGAGCUGAACACAGUGGGAGUUAUUCCUGUGGAGCCCAGAACAAGUUAGGACGUAGUAACUCCACCUUUCAUCUGAGUGUUGGAACAGGGAGUUCACCAAUGAUAGUGAAUAUCAUCAGGACGACUCUGGGGGUCUUGAUGCUGGUUCCUGUGUUUCUCCUGAGUCUCUGGACGAGGAAGAAGAAAGCUCUGCGCUCCACCACUGAAGCACAUGAACCUGAAGAGAUAGAGUUGGACUCUAUCCCUGAGUAUCAGAACGACUCACACACUGCAGCACAGAGAGAAGACAGAGAGGAGCAGGAAGACCUGGUGUGAAGUCCAGUCAGAUUAGAGCCUCCUGCAUCAGACGCUCACCUGAUGGAAACAAAGAAGAAGGACGUUGAAAUGUCCCUGAGGAGAGCGAGGCUGUGCAGGAUGUGUGCGAAGUGGAUAUAUUCACGUUCAACUCUUAAAGCUUUUACUGUCAGUUUUCAGUAGCAGCAGCUUGUAGCUUUAGGCGCCGUUUACACGAGGAGAAAACUGCUUGUAUCUGCAUAGUUUCGCGUGCGUAUAGCCCUAUU